GGGAGCAGAUGCUGCUGGCUGCGAGCGGUAGCCGGGUGCUAGCAGAGCGCAGCCGCGAGGGAGGCGCGGGGGAGGCGAGCCGGAGCCGGAGCCGAAGCGUCAGCCAGUGUUGGCGGAGAGCACCCAGGCGCAGCCGGAGUCGGAGCCGCAGCCGCGAUGGCCGUGGCCGUGGGGAGACCGUCUAAUGAAGAGCUUCGGAACUUGUCCCUUUCUGGACAUGUUGGAUUUGACAGUCUCCCGGACCAGCUGGUCAAUAAAUCUACUUCUCAAGGAUUCUGUUUCAACAUCCUGUGUGUUGGUGAGACGGGCAUCGGCAAAUCCACGUUAAUGGACACUUUAUUCAACACCAAAUUUGAAAGUGACCCAGCUACUCACAAUGAACCAGGUGUCCGGUUAAAAGCCAGAAGUUACGAGCUUCAGGAAAGCAACGUACGGCUGAAGUUAACCAUCGUUGAUACCGUGGGAUUUGGAGACCAGAUAAAUAAAGAUGACAGCUAUAAGCCAAUAGUGGAGUAUAUUGAUGCCCAAUUUGAGGCCUACCUGCAAGAGGAAUUGAAGAUCAAACGUUCUCUCUUCAACUACCACGACACCAGGAUCCACGCAUGCCUCUACUUCAUUGCCCCCACUGGCCAUUCCCUGAAGUCUCUGGAUCUAGUCACCAUGAAAAAGCUGGAUAGCAAGGUGAACAUCAUUCCAAUAAUUGCAAAAGCUGACACCAUUGCCAAAAAUGAACUGCACAAAUUCAAGAGUAAGAUCAUGAGUGAACUGGUCAGCAAUGGAGUCCAGAUAUAUCAGUUCCCCACAGAUGAAGAAACGGUGGCGGAGAUUAAUGCAACAAUGAGCGUCCAUCUCCCAUUUGCCGUGGUCGGCAGCACCGAAGAGGUGAAGAUCGGCAACAAGAUGGCAAAGGCCAGGCAGUACCCCUGGGGUGUGGUGCAGGUUGAGAAUGAAAACCAUUGUGAUUUCGUGAAACUUCGGGAGAUGCUGAUCCGUGUGAACAUGGAAGAUUUGCGAGAGCAGACUCACACCCGCCAUUAUGAAUUGUAUCGGCGCUGUAAGCUCGAGGAGAUGGGUUUCAAGGACACUGACCCUGACAGCAAGCCUUUCAGUCUUCAGGAGACUUACGAAGCGAAAAGAAAUGAAUUUCUGGGAGAACUUCAGAAGAAAGAAGAAGAAAUGAGGCAAAUGUUUGUGAUGAGAGUGAAGGAGAAAGAAGCUGAACUUAAAGAGGCAGAGAAAGAGCUCCAUGAGAAGUUUGACCUCCUGAAGCGGACACACCAAGAAGAGAAGAAGAAAGUGGAAGACAAGAAGAAGGAGCUGGAGGAGGAGGUGAACAGUUUCCAGAAGAAGAAGGCAGCCGCUCAGCUCCUACAGUCCCAGGCACAGCAGUCUGGGGCCCAGCAAACCAAGAAAGACAAGGAUAAGAAAAAUGCAAGCUUCACAUAAAGCCUGGCAAGCCAAGGAUGGUCCCGCAUUCACCUGCUUUUGCAGUAAUAUUGUAUCUCUGCCAUCUGUGUCCUUUUGUUUUGUUUUAUUUUAUUUUUUUUUUACCCUUCCCCAGACACCAGUAACUAUUAACUCAUUUUGCUGACUGUUGUUGGGUAGUAGAAAAUGAUAGAGCAAGAGAGUAACACCAAAAGCUAUGUGCAGCUGGACUUUGUUUCUGGAAAGCAGAUGAUUGGCCUUUUAUGCCUGUUCAGAGUGGCAGCAGGAAGCGGGCCUGUGGCUUGUGUGUUGCUUUGGACCGAGGGAUGGAGGGUCAAUGGCUCCAUGUCCGUCUGUCAGGAGAACUCACCGCCUCAGCCACUGAACCCUAGCCCCGAAUACCCAGGACAACAGUUUGUUUCUCUUGAUUUCUCAUCUCCAUGGGGGCAGAAGCCCUGAAUUCCCUCUGCCUCUUCUCCAUACCUGGCCCAAACCAAGGUAGCUUCCUACGUAGGCAGAAUGGUGGGUCAGCUUUUUAGGACUUUUGCAUUUGCAUGGAUUUUUCAUUAUUAUAAUAACAUUAUUUGACCUGUGUUGUGGGUCUCCUCAGACCAUAUCCUCUUAUGGCUUUAAAAAUGUGUCUGAACCCCCCUCUCUCCAAUCCUGGCCAAGUUGGACUGUAAUGAGAAAGCUGAUUAUAUUCCCUUCUAUCAGCACAACCUUGACGCUGUCCUAGUCAGCGAUCUUCAAGGUCAGGUCAGGUAACAUGGCCCCAUAGAAGCAUCCUCUACUAAAGAUGACAGGCUUUCCACAGCCUCCCUACCGCUUACAAUAAGCAUUCUUUCAUACUCUCCAUGGGCAAUGGCCGAUUCUAGGACAUCAGUACUUCUAAUACUUUUCAAUAAUCAUGAGGAGAAAAUUUUCAGAAAUAUUUCAACUAGAAAAUUUGUUAUCAACUGUAUAUCAUCUGCAGCCCCAAUUCUGAGAGGGGACCUCAUCAGUUUCAGGUAGGAAUGGGGAGGAACAUAACACAAACCCAUGAGUGGAGAAGGUAGAAGUUCAGCUGACAUCCAGCUUCCUUGCAUAGUCUCCUUCUCGUAUAUGGCAGUAAAGGGAAGAAGAAAUAGAACAGCUAGUCUCUCAAGUCCAGUUGUCUUGAAGGAAUCUUCUCACCUUUUUCCUUACCCCGACUAGCGCUACGAGCCCAUCGCCCCAUCAACAAGGAUUAGGGCCAGCCCAAACGCCGUGACCCAGACUCCAUACCACAUUUGUGUGGGAGGGGGCAUAUUUAAUCUCUUUUCUGUAUUGUUCCUUUGUGAGGCUUAUCCUUUCAUCUUCUUGAUUUUUCUCCCCUCUACUAACAAGAGCCUCCCACCUUCUAACUCUGUAGUCUCCUGUUUCUUACUUGAAAGAAUAAUAUUUCUCAUGAACUCCACCUCUCGCUUCCUCCUGGCCUUCACGAGUCAUACGUUAGGUAAAUAGGACAGGAUAUACUAUAUCUCCCUGACCAACACACACAUACCUUUUUUUUUUUUUUUUAAAUAAGUCUCUAGUUGAUUCCAAUAAAGUUUUUUUCCCUUCUCUUCAUCCUCAACCAUACUUUUAGGGGAAAGAAGUUAUGGUCUUCCAUGAACUGAUGUAGACCUAAUUAGGCGAAGUAAAGAUUGUUUCACUGAAGGCCAAACCAGGCUGGGCUAGAACCUGCAAACUGGAAGCCGCAGUGGUGGUAUAAAGACAGGCUUAGGAGCUACUGGACUAAUGUUUUUGUUUUGCUUUGUUUUUUAAUGAUUCUAGUCCAGAGCUAGCUGUGGAACAGCCAAAUACUAGACAGCAUGCCGAUUCUGUGGCUGAAUUUGCUCAUACGCUCUGCACCAGACAAAAGCUUGAAUUCUUGUGUUGUAUGCUUGUUCCAACUGCUGCUUGUGUGAGCAUUUUUGUGCCUUGUAACAGAAAAUAUACUUGUAAGUUCCAAAAACGGUCACCUUAAAAUUAUCAUUUUUAAUGCAUCACUGAAGUCUUUUUGACAGUGAGCCUAGCUGCAAAAGGCAUCCAGCUGACUUUUUGAUUCCAAGAUUGUUGACUGAUUGAUUUUUUUCCCCCAUGAAGAUUUUCACAACAAAAGAAACCAUAUGGAGAGUCAGGGAAUAAAAAAUCAAAAAGUUCUAGAAGCUCUCUCUCUUUUUUUUUUUUAACAUGUUGCUUCUGAACUCUUUUUCUACCCCCCACUCCCUGGCCCUGUUUGGUUUGUUGUUGCUGCCCUUCUCUUCUUUCUGUAUCUGUGCCUUUUUUCACAGUAGUCCUUGGCUCUGCACGGAAUAAAUGAUACCCUCAAAUCUAAUUGGAUGUGCUUUCGCCUUUGCAUGUAAGUACAGUAGUAAGAAAACUUUGAGAUCUUUCUGACUUUUUAAAAUUAGAGAAACAAAUGGGAUAGAUGGGUUCUCCCCCCCCCCUUUUUUGGAGGGAGGUAGGGAGGUUUUGGUUUGAGUAGAUUUUGUUUAUUAAGAAAAAAAGAAAAUACUAAAUAUAUUUAAAAUAGCCACAUUUGUACCUUUCCCACGAUAAAUACAAAUUCAACUUUUCCUUGAUACCAAUAUGGGAGUCAGAAAUUGUUGUUCCCAGGCUACAUUCCACACAGCCAUGUGGGCAUCACUGGAUAUUACAGAGGGUCCUUGGUUCUGACUAUGGAGUAAAGCUAGAAUAAGAAACUACCACCUUCCUUUGGAGAAAACCAAGAGGGAAAUAUUUUUUAUGUUAGGUUGCCUUUAUGAUUGCUUAAUUUUUUGCUGAUCUUGGUUUAAUGGGCUUUCCUUCCUGCUAACUGCUGGCAGUGAACACACCUCUUUUUUUUUUUUUUUUGCCAGACAGUUCUAGCUGGCCUCUCCCCAUAUCUUCUGUUCAACAAUAAUGACCAUUGCUUCUGGAUUUUAGGUCCCUAUAAUGGUUGUAUGUGCAGUAGGAUGACGGAAAGGCAUUUACGAGAAUUUACUGGCAGUUAGAGACUGCAGUUAGAGACUAUGUUUUCCCAGCUUAGGCUCCUUAUUAAUUUGUCAAAGUUUUGUCCAGAAAGGGGAUCUCAACCAGGGGAACAUUUAAUGUCACAUUGGGCACAGGUUACUUAUUAUCUUCCUUCUCUGCUUUGUAAUCUCACCAGCAAUAAUACUUAUUCUUCAUAUCUUGUGCACCUCAAACGAAUGGACUGGGUUUCUUCACUUUCUUGACAUUACCCCUAAGUGUUUCACAUCCAGACUGUUGAAUCUGGGUUUCAGCUGUUAACCAACCCAUGUCAUACUGUGUGUGUGUGGUCCUUCCAAACUGUCCUUUCAGAUCCCUCUGCUUUGCCAUUUGCAAGUGUCUGAAAUUGUCAAUUCUCAGCUUCCAGAAGUCUUGGUUCCACUGACAGGAUACAUAUGUGAUGACUCUUUAGUGGAAAUUAUGACCUACAAAGUCUAGAUUGUAUGUAGGUAUGAAGGGAAUUUUUUAAAUAAAUGAAAAGCUGUGAACAGCAUUAGAACUUUGUCUAUUUCUUAAUUUUAAAAUAUGCUGAUAUGCCUUAAACUGUAGUUGUAGACCAUUGUCAUUUCGCUGUUUGAAAAUAACCAAUGUGUUUCUAAAAGUGUUGUGUAAUCUACCUUUGGUGUUAAUGCAGAAUUGUCAUAUAUGUAAGCUGCAUGUUAGACACUUGGCUUUUUUAAAAACUAAAAUAAUUGUAUUGAUAUGAAGUCUUCCUUUUUUCAAGUGAGGAAGUGAUCACAUAGCCACCUUGCUCAGUAAUUCGGUGUCUGUUAAGGUAGAGAGCGGUGGGCAGGUCACCUCUGCAUAUAUCACUAGUGCCAAGACACAACGUGGGGGGAAAUAUAUUUUUACCCAAACAA